CUACGGCAGCGCAGUAGCGCAUUUGGUCAACGUCACAUCGCCGUCUUCUUUGUUUGUAUCUCUUUAUUCAUUAUACACAAUGUUGAGCUCAAUGCCAGCGCGCUGUUAAGUGUCCGCGAGCAUGCGUGUGGCGGGGAAAAGGUGUCCCGCGGCCCCGUGUGCGCUCCUCGUCGCUCCUCCUCUCCUCCCUGGUUUCCGCUCGUUAGCAUCCUCGCUACCGUCCAGCAGCAGCAGCAGCAGCGAUGCCCAAGGAAGGGGACGAGGCGCACGACGACUGCGGCUCCCGGGAGGAGUGGACGCUCCUGCUGUGGACCACGCUGGCCGUCAUCGUGCCGGUCAUCGUCACGCUGUGGUGCAGCGCCCAACGCUCCAAGCGGAAAACGCACAUGAAGGGUUUCUUUCGCAAGAGCAAGCACGGGUGGCACUACACGGACCUGUUCCACAAGCCCACCUACUGCUGCGUGUGCUCCCAGCACAUCCUCCACGGGGCUUUCUGCGACUGCUGCGGCGUGUGCGCCGACGAGCAGUGCCUGCGCCGGGCCGACCGGAGCCUGACGUGCAAGGAGAUCAUGGCCCCCCCUUGCGGCCCGUCCGGGGCCAUGGAGCACCGCUGGGUGCGCGGCAACGUGCCCCUCGCCAGCUACUGUGCGGUGUGCAAACAGCAGUGCGGGACCCAGCCGAAGCUCUGCGACUUCAGGUGUGUGUGGUGUCAGACCACAGUGCACGACGACUGCAUGGACGGCCUGACGGCCGACCAGUGUGAGCUGGGGGAGUUUCGCAACCUCAUCAUCCCUCCUCACUACCUCCACCGCGUCAACAAGCUCCGCCGCAGGACCCCCGAGGAGUACAGUCAGCUGGCUUCGUCCUGUGGCAGCGGCUGGACUCCUGUGCUGGUGUUGGCUAACACACGCAGCGGUAACAACAUGGGGGAGGCUCUGCUGGGAGAGUUUCGCACCAUUCUGAAUCCCGUGCAGGUGUUUGACCUGUCCGAGCUGACUCCCCCCAAAGCCCUUCAGCUGUGCACCCUUCUGCCCCCCGGCAGCGUCCAGGUGCUGGUGUGUGGGGGCGACGGCACCGUGGGCUGGGUGCUGGAUGCCGUCGACGCUAUGAAGCUGAAGGGCCAGGACCAGUUCGUGCCGAGGGUGACCAUCCUGCCUCUGGGGACGGGAAAUGACCUUUCCAACACUUUAGGCUGGGGGGCCGGGUACGCUGGGGAGAUCCCCGUGGAACAGGUCCUCCGUAACAUCCUCGAUGCAGAGGUGGUCAAAAUGGACAGAUGGAAAGUGCAGGUGGCUUCAAAGGGUCUCUACUUCCGUAAACCAAAGGUCCUGUCCAUGAACAACUACUUCUCAGUGGGGCCCGAUGCCCUGAUGGCGCUCAACUUCCACACGCACCGGGAGAAAACGCCCUCCUUCUUCUCCAGCCGCAUCGUCAACAAGACUGUAUAUUUCCUGUAUGGCACCAAAGAUUGUUUAGUGCAGGAAUGUAAGGAUCUGGAUAAGAGGAUCGAGCUGGAGUUGGAUGGGGAGAGUGUGGCGCUGCCCAGCCUGGAGGGGAUCAUAGUUUGUAACAUUGGCUAUUGGGGUGGAGGCUGCAGACUGUGGGAGGGUAUGGGGGAUGAACCCUGUGCGCCCACACGGCUGGAUGAUGGUCUGCUGGAGGUGGUGGGUGUGUUUGGCUCCUUCCACUGUGCUCAGAUCCAGGUCAAGCUGGCCAAUCCUGUACGGCUGGGACAGGCCCACACUGUCAGGCUUCUUCUCAAGAGCUCCAAGAUGCCCAUGCAGGUGGACGGGGAGCCGUGGGCUCAGGGUCCCUGCACCAUCACCAUCACCCAUAAGACCCAGGCCCUCAUGCUGUACCACAGCGCUGAGCAGACGGACGAUGACGAAGACGAAUCCAGCGCCUCUGAGGCCGAGAGCCCCACCCCCCAUGACUCCCCCAGGCCCCCGGGGCCCGCCUCCGCUCGGGCGUGAGCCGGCCCCCGGAACAUCGUGCGCUCGAAUGUCCUCUGGUUUGAGUCUUAUAUUUUUUCUGUUUUACAGCCCGGUUUAUUUUAAUCCCUCCGCUGAAAGACCUUUGAACACACUUUAUCCUCCAAACACAUUGAUAAGAAGUGUUAAAAUGUUUAAUUUGUGUUCAGAGAGCUCGCUGGGGUAAAGAAGGGGAGUUUGGAAAUUGGCUGGUUUUAUUGGUCUUUCCAUAUAUUGUGAGCCAGAGCUCAGGCAGUUCCCUCUUCUACAGUUGAGACAUUCAGGAGGAGGUGAAUGCUUGUGUGAAAUUUGCCAUUUAUUUGCACUGAUCCCUUGUGCCAUAGCCAUCUAUAGUCAACUGUAAUACUAUAUUUAUUGUGCUGUGUAUACAAUCGAAUGACCAGUGUAUCCCUGCGGGUAUCUGUGAGCCAGUCUCCAUUUACCAAACCCCCCACAAAGCCAUGUCUAUCACAGAAAGUGAUGAAGCAUUCAUUUGUUUAACCGUUUUUACAAAGACGCAUCCAUAGCUUUAUUGCUUUUAUUCCAGAGAAGAGCACAAGCAAUGGCUGGAAGAUCAUUUUGUGUGCGUGAUGUUAAUCGGCUCAGAAUAUCUUGUUAAAUUCCCCCUUCAGGGUCCAAAUCACGCAUGGAUUUUGGUUUAUCACGUGUCUGUUGCAUUCGUCAAGUCGAGAGUUGGAGGAAUGUGUGUGAAAGCCAUUUCGUCUCUUAUUCUGAAGGAGCAAGGGCUCUACUACCACAGCAGUGUGCUGUUAAUCACUGGACAUGUCGUGCGUCUUAAUCAGCUCACCAAACUGCUAGAUUGUACCAAGAUGCAGUCUUGAAAAGUAGUUUUCCUGUAAGAGGAAACAGCCUGACUUUAUUUUGAAAGUGCUGCCAAGUAACUUGUUCGGACGAUUUGGUUACGCCUAGUCGUAAAACUUUUUUUUUUUCCUUUUUCUUCAGGCUUUUCUCCCUGUUUACAUAUUUUGUGUUGCACUGUUUUGGCACGUCUACUGAUGGAUGCCGCACGCUGCGUAGGAUGCAGGUCGUAUAAUCAAACCGUAAUGCCGCCUACUUGAGGUCGCUGCCGAGUGAUGACCGCUGUUGAGAAUAAGCUGCCUCGUGUUGUCGUCUUAUGUUCUUCACGUAAUCCUCUUGCAUUUCACAAUUUGUGGUUUACCGAGUGGCCCCCACCAGGUGGCAGACUGAAGACAGUAUUAUAGUCGUAGAUUUCCUCCUUAACUGCUACAGUUUUAAAACUCCAUCAGUAAGUUGCUCGUGCUUCUCUGUGUGCUGCUUGGGGGACACUGAUCACUUGUUAGCCCAGGACUGCUUCUGGAAGCCUUGUGGUGCCAUCGCCCUCUAUUUGUUUGGCGGACGUCUUUUUGCUCUAGGACACCCGUUUGACCUUUGACCUUACCGUCCAUGUUUACCAGAGUUGUGUGUUGUGUUGCACUGAAUCGGCUUAAACGCUUAAAUGUAACUGGGGUUCAUUGUCAGGUUCUCGCAGCGUUGCUCUAGUUACACACACUGUUUUUAGAGGGAAAUACCUCAGUAGUGGUUUUAUGGAAUUGUGUGGCUAUUUAGUACAUUUGAUGCCUAAAAAUGAACCUUAGUGAUUCUGUUGGAUGGAAUUACUAACCGGAUUUCUCUCAACUGCAGCUGUUGUUUGAGGGAAACGCUAGAGAGCAUGCCAGCAUCCUAAAUCCUAAAUGCACAAUAUCCUUGCUGUACUUCUGACAGCAUAUGAUGGCGUACUGGCCUCUAACUCCAGCAAGAGUUGGACCUGAAUACAUGUGUUGAUUACCAAACAGCAUAAGGUGUUACUCAUAGAUAUUGGCUUUAUGGCUUCCCUGUUUUGGUCACAUGCCUAGCACAGAAUUAACAAAUAAUGGUCUCCGUUUUCAAAAAAGUCAUUUUUGCAUACUUUCAAUAACGUGAUAAUAAAUGUAAUAAAGGUUAUGACAAGAAAGCAUCCAUCUUUAUGGAAACCUCUCCAUCGGAGAGGUUCAUCUUAAAUCUUUACUUGUGUUAUUUUUUCCAACCUGCAUUCUGCGGGUCAAUGAGUACUUUAAUUCUAGUACUUUAGUACUUUCCAAUCACAGUGCAGGGCGGGAUUUUGCAGAUUGCGGGUGGAUCAAACUACCGAUGGCCAAUGUUUCGCCGAUCGAUCUUCUAGACCGAAAUGGAGCUACCGAGAGGGCGAAUGUGGUACGAGCUUUGAUCUGAUGAGAGUUGACAACGCGCGCUGAUUGAAAGGAUUUAGGUAACAAUGCCAGUGUUAAGGAUGUAACAAUACCAAUGUGCUCUCUCCAUUUUUAAACCAUCCGACAAAUGUGUUUCUUUUGGCGUCACUGAUUACACUCCAGAUAUUUGCUAGUGUGGCUAAAGGCCUUUAAGUUGUUUUUUGUGUUGAGGGUGGAGCAACAUGACUGUGAUGUUACUGGUUGUUUGGAAUGUUUCCCAUUCAAUCCUGUUAGUUAAUUAUUUGUUACAUUUGAGCAGAUAGAGAACUGUAUUUGUAUAGACAAAUUUCACUGUGUUGUGUACCUAAAUACUUUAUUAGUUAAUAUAUAUACAUAUAUAUUUGAAUAUGCUUAUUUCUUUUAUAGCUAAAUAACUGUAGAGAUUAGAGAACCCUAAAAGCUGAUAAGAAUGUGCAGAAACAGAAAACCUUUUACUUUGACCACAAUAUGGUCCUUAUGUGGCCUCUGCUUAAAAAAAAUAAGAAUAAAAGGUAAGAGAAUAACGUUUUAUUGGGAACAAUCAUGUAAAUCAUUGCAGUUUUACAAAAAUACUCAUAAAGAAGGCUCAGUGAAAUUGUUGGUGACAUAAAACAAUUUUGAUUGACUUGAAUGUAAUGAAGCGAUCUUUUCAAUUUGAAGACAUUCCCAUAAAUAUUUUCAUAAAUAA